UUCAACUGUAUACAAACAGGAAGUAAACAAAAGACGAGGCGUCCCGGUAGUUUUUAACUGCAGGGGAACGAUCGGAUUACCAUAUCAUAAGAAAUGGAUCGCUUUUCCUGGUCAAACGGUUUUUUGGAAAUAAAUGAGACUUUAGUUAUACAGCAACAAGGCGUCAGAUUGUAUGAUGGUGACGACAAGGCUAAACUAGAUGUUGGAAAUGCGUUGCUGAGCACCCAUCGCUUGAUAUGGAGGGACGCUAAAAAUCACGAGUGCUGCAUUUCUAUGCCAUUGUCACAAAUCUUAUUUUUUGAGGAGCAGGCAGCGGGAAUAGGGAAGAGUGCAAAGAUUGUCAUACACUUGCAUCCAGCUCCUGCCAACAAGGAGCAAGGUCCUUACCAACAAAGCAAGUUUUCCUACAUCAAGCUCUCUUUUAAAGAACAUGGGCAGAUUGAGUUUUUCAGGAGGCUCAAUGAGGAGAUGACACAGAAGAGAUGGGAGAACACACCCGCUUCGCAACCAAUCGAAAUAGGACGCGGCUCACAGGCAGGAAGGACACGCGCAGUCGGGAUUGUUGGCAUUGAGCGUAAAAUAGAGGAGAGGAGGAAAGAAACGGACAAAAACAUCUCAGAGGCCUUUGAGGAUCUCAGUAAGCUGAUGGUAAAGGCCAAAGAGAUGGUUGAGCUGUCCAAAUCCAUCGCUAAUAAGAUAAAAGACAAGCAAGGGGACAUAACAGAGGAUGAGACCAUCCGCUUUAAGUCCUACCUGCUGAGCAUGGGCAUCGCUAACCCCGUCACCAGGGAAACACAUGGCUCUGGCACACAUUACCACAUGCAGCUGGCUAAACAACUGGGAGAUAUGCUCCUGGCCCCUCUGGAGGAGCGCGGAGGCAUGAUGGCGCUGUCCGAGGUGUACUGUCUGGUCAACCGGGCUCGAGGCAUGGAGCUUUUAUCUCCGGAUGAUUUAUUGAAUGCAUGCAAAAUGUUUGAGCCCUUGAAACUCCCACUGAGGCUGCGUGUAUUUGAUAGUGGCGUGAUGGUGGUCCAGUUGCAGUCUCACAGCGAAGAGGAAAUGAUCGCCUCAGCCCUGGACAACGUGACAGAGAAAGGGUCUUUAACAGCAGAGGAGUUUGCUAAACUUGUGGGUCUCUCUGUGCUUCUGUCUAAGGAGCGUUUGCUUCUGGCUGAGAAGAUGGGCCAUCUUUGUCGAGAUGACUCCGUUGAGGGUUUGAGGUUCUACCCAAACACCUUUUGAGGUUUUGCAUCCAUCCUGGAUUAAUUAGAUAGGUGUCCUCGCUGUGCAUUCUCUGCUUCUUACAUUUAGAACUAAUAAUAACCGAUUCUUGUGAAAACCAAAGUGUACACAAUUCAGCUUGGUAGCGGUCAGGAAAGGAAUGUGUAUGAAUGAAUCUUGUUGUAAAUAAAUGCCACCUGGGCCUCUUUUUUGCGA